ACUCGUACUUGCGCGACGCUCCCUGGUUUUACCAAACGGCAGCUGACUGGAUGUUGGAGGACUGAGAGGAGGAGUAGCUGUUGCAGUAACAACAUCCUGGAUAUUGGAGCCUGGCGGCGCACACGGCUACAGAAGUAAAGGAGGAACGAAGACGUAAGGGAGGCGGCGGUGGUAACGUAAUCUCAAACGCUUCAGUGUAUAGAAGCAGGGACAUGAACGUGAACUUGGCAACUUUCAGGCAUUAAUUGUGGAUUUAUGGUCUAUGGCGCCGAUUUAUCCCGAGGCACCGACAAGGUGAUGCAGCAGCGGCAGGACGGGAUCAGUCCGCUACACGGCUGCCAGCUGAAUGCCUUUACUGGAGGAAAAAGGCGCAGCACACGUCCAGCGCAGGCCGGCUUGAUCUUUUAUUAAAAUAGGACAGUAUGUAGAGAGAAUCACCCAGCAGCUGGGAAACACCCGUGGUUUACUUUCAUUAUUGAAUCGGCUCUCGAUAUCGCUCUCCAGAGACGCUGCCACGGCAUCAAGCGGAUCAGGCCUGUGCUGAAGUACCGUGCGCGCUUCGCGAUAUUUACCGUUGAAAGCGCACAAAUGUGACGGGAACUUUUAUCGUUAACACGCCUAACGAAAGCACCUAGUGCUUGUAACAUUGUGUUUACUAUCCGCUUGGCCAGUUUUCGUUGUUUACAUAGGUUGCGAUACUGUUUUGUCUUAUCAAACUGUUUUCCCCUAUCGAUAACAGAUCAUUGUAUUGCUAGUUUAAGAUAAACAAUACGCCUAACCGGCGGUGAGGGUGGACUCGCCGUUUAUCGUGAAGAUAACGACUCGACACAAACCGUCUUGCCCCAGAGAAGCUUUUGGAUCAAAGCGAGAUUCAUGGAUCAGAAUGAUAAAAAGACCCUCACGAACAAGUGGAAACAGUUGUGAUCUACAGGACAACUCCAUUUCUAAGAGAUAAGCAGACAUUUGGCAGUAAAGCUCCGCAAUGAGAUAAUAGUGUGGCUUACACAAAAACGACCUUGACACUUAUCCCACCAUAUUUCAGUUCAUCAUCAAAAUAUGACCACACCGGCUCUAUUGCCACUAUCGGGACGUAGGAUACCUACCCUCUCGCCAGGUGCCUCCUCAUUCCCCCAUCACAGAGCCACCUUACGGCUCUCAGAGAAGUUCAUCCUCCUCCUCAUCCUCAGUGCCUUCAUCACCUUGUGCUUCGGAGCAUUUUUCUUCCUUCCAGACAAUUCCAAACACAAGCGCUUUGACUUUGGUUUGGAGGACGUGUUGAUACCGCACAUCGAGUCAGAGAAGGAGGCAAGGCACAGCAGCAGACAGGUCAUUCAUGGCGUGGGAGGUCAUGACGAGCAUCGGCACAGGGAAGAAGAGGAGAGCCUUCGUGACAAGAUCCGGGCAGAUCAUGAGCGGGCACUGCAGGAAGCCAAGGAAAAGCUCCGCAAAUCCAAAGAGGAGCUGAAGGCAGAGAUCCAGACAGAGAAGACCAAGGUAGCCGAGGACCUGAAGAAGAAAGAUGGACCCAAACCACUGCCUCCAGUACCUAUGCCCAAACUGGUAGGGGUCAAUAAUGGUGACCCAGGGGACCCUGACACCAAGGAAAAGAGGGACAAAAUCAGAGAGAUGAUGAAACAUGCGUGGGACAGCUACAGGCAAUACGGCUGGGGCCACAACGAGCUCAAACCCAUCGCCAAGAAAGGACAUUCCACCAAUAUCUUCGGUAAUUCCCAGAUGGGGGCCACUAUAGUAGAUGCCCUGGAUACCCUUUACAUAAUGGGACUCCACGAUGAGUUUAAGGAUGGCCAGGAAUGGAUCGAGCAAAACUUGGAUUUCAGUGUGAAUGCAGAAGUAUCUGUCUUUGAGGUCAACAUCCGCUUCAUUGGAGGGCUUCUGGCUGCAUACUACCUCUCCGGACAGGAGGUUUUUAAGGUGAAGGCUGUCCAGCUGGCAGAAAAGCUGCUUCCUGCCUUCAACACCCCAACAGGCAUCCCUUGGGCCAUGGUCAAUUUGAAGAGUGGAGUGGGGCGUAACUGGGGCUGGGCUUCAGCUGGAAGCAGUAUUCUGGCUGAGUUCGGGACGCUGCACAUGGAGUUUGUGCACCUGACGUAUCUGACUGGAAACCCUGCCUACUAUCAGAAGGUGAUGCACAUACGGAAACUGCUGGCUAAGAUGGACAGACCCAACGGGCUUUACCCCAACUACCUGAACCCACGCACAGGACGCUGGGGCCAGCAUCACACCUCAGUAGGUGGGUUGGGUGAUAGUUUCUAUGAGUACCUGUUGAAGGCCUGGCUAAUGUCUGAUAAAACAGACUCAGAGGCACGCAAGACCUAUGAUGAUGCCAUCGAGGCUAUCGAGCGCCACCUCAUCCGGAAGUCCAACGGUGGCCUUACUUUCAUCGGGGAGUGGAAAAACGGCCACUUGGAGCGUAAGAUGGGUCACCUGACUUGCUUUGCUGGGGGCAUGUUUGCCUUGGGGGCUGAUGGGUCGCCAGAUGAUAAAGCUGGACACUAUCUGCAGCUCGGAGCAGAGAUUGCACACACCUGCCACGAAAGCUACGAUCGCACUGUGCUGAAGCUCGGUCCAGAGGCCUUUAAGUUCGACAGUGGGCUGGAGGCAGUGGCUGUGAGACAGAAUGAGAAAUACUAUAUCCUGAGGCCUGAGGUCAUCGAGACAAAAAUCGCUGUAGAGAUUCCAAUGGAGAUUGUGGCUGGAUCAGGCCAGCUGCUGUUGCGUUAUAACCGUGUGAGACUUUCUCCGUAUUUUCUGCAGGCUAUAGAUAAAUAUUGCCGAGUAAGCGGAGGAUUCUCUGGUGUUAAAGAUGUCUACUCCUCCAACCCCACCUACGAUGACGUCCAGCAAAGCUUCUUCCUGGCUGAAACGCUCAAGUAUCUCUAUCUACUUUUCUCCAGCGAUGAGCUGCUGCCUCUUGAGAACUGGGUGUUCAACACGGAGGCCCACCCUCUGCCCGUCCUGCACCUGGGCAACAUCACCCUGCCUGGCAGCGAGACCCAGCGGUAAAGCGGACUCACCGGGGGGGCGUCCUCCCCCUCGCUUGCCCCUUUUCUAUACGCCUCCCUCCUUGUGAAAGACAGCAGCUGCCAGUGCAAAGGAGAGGAGAGAACUGUACCCACCAACCACUGUCUCGUCCCGGUCUGUGAAUCAAGGGACUGCAGUGAACGGAUGGGACCAGAACAGAUCGAACUCUCUUUAUCUAUGUCUCUCUCAUAUAUUCUCUGAAGGACAGACUGCUGGAUUGAUCGUGUGUCUCUCUCUUGUGGCCGCUGGCCUGACAUGUCCGUACACACUGUACACGCAUUAGCGGACUAAAAGACCUUCUGAAAUGGAGGUGUGUUUCUCACUUGGGGAAGGAUUUUAACAAGUUCAUUCGUUCUUUUUUUUCCCCUCUCUCUCCAAUUUGGCGGCAUUUCAUAUCAUCGGCUCAGUGCUAAACCACUUCAAAAUGAUGGAUUAAUGGUUCUCUGACCAGACCGCCUUCAGAGUCUUUCUCUUUCUGAGCUGGGCUCCUGGAGAUGCCAGAUGUUGGAUGUGACCUCCUGUGAAAUCUUUCUCCAGCUGAGGCUGAAUUUAGGCCAGAGGCCCCCAGGAAUGUUCUUUUCUCCAUAAUUUCUCUAGAUCUACAGUAUCUACGAUGUCUUUGUUAAGGUUAGCGGGUAAAAACGGACACAUGCUGCUAAUCGAACAGUUGCUGCCUGUGACACAGUCACCACCGUCAUUCCAGAAACCUGCGUUGUUCCAUUCCCAUCUUUUUUUUUUUUUUUUUUCAUCCAUUGGGAAUGCCCAGAAUGUCAUUCAUACUGCAUUCUGAAACACGGAUGGGCUGAUGGUUGAUUUUGCAACACAAUGAAUCAACACUUGAAGUAACUGUAACUUGUGGGUAGGAGUCGCAGUGCUUUAGAUGCUAAUGCUCAUGGCCAUCACCAUUUGUUUUCAUUUGUCGAUUGUGCCGCUCUGUUAGACCAGACCAGAUUCUUUCAACAGCCAAGAUUUACCACUAAUCGUAGCCAACAAGGUAGAGAUUUAUAUAUAUGGGGUUUAGAGUUCAUAAAAUACACUGUGUGCCCUUUACAAGACACCCAAAGUAAAUAAACACAAAAAAACAGUGCAAGGAUUUUGAAUACAAUUGCAUAACAACUAAACCUGUGAUGUGUAUGAUGUUUUAGACUUGGGAAUACUCCUGAACUGAGGUCAAAGACUUUUUUUGUCAUUCCAGUUUCUGGAUGCUUUCAUUAGUCAGAUGCAUACCUCUGAAUAUUUCAUGUGAGUUUUAACAUGACUUAUUCAGUCCUGGGCUGUAAACACUCUGGAUGUCCCUGGACAUGUUUUCUGAAACACGGUGAUGGUAGACAGAGAAACAGAUUUCUGAUAUCAGAUGAUUAAACACAACCUGCAGCCAACAUUGAAGUAUUUUGUUUGAUUUUAUUUAUUCAUGUUUUGGUUUAAUUGACCUUUAAUGAAUAUUGAUUCAGUCUCUUUGGAAGAUGUGCUCAGCCUUAUGCUCUCAGACUCGUGUAAAAUGGCUCACCCUCAGAAAACUUCAUGUAGUUGACCAGAGAAGGAAAAGCUAAUUAUUUUCUCAUCUUGGGUAAUGAAGAAACUGUGAGAAUCAGUCUGUCAAAAAGACUCGAGGAUCAUUGAUGGGAUGCUGGGUGUCAUCAAUCAGCUCCCCUUAAUGGUCUUUCUCUUUAUAUCCUGUCCUUUCAGUUCCUCAGUUUCUAAACCUCUCAUCCCAGUCUGAGGGAGAUGUGUCCUCUCCUCCCCUCUAGAUGGCAGCAGCGGUGUCCGGCUGCUCCUGUACCUGUCAUUUCUCUUCUUUUCUUUUCUCCCUGUAAUAUGACUGACUAAUGGUGAGUGAAGCCCAGGUCAACACUCUUCCCUGUUGUUGCUGGGUGAGUUUUAACAAAGCUGUGUUCUGUAUUUGUAUUUUUACUGAACUGAACAAAAAAACACAAUAAUUGUAAAUAUGUUUAAAAUGC